UACUCCGGUCAGAUCCACUUCCACUGUAAAUCAGUGCGCAGCGAGGCGCGUGCAGGAGCAGCGGCGGCUGUCAGUCCUCACCAUCCCUCCCAUUGGCUGCUGCAGGAUGCUGCCUGUUUCCUUGAUCUUCACAUGCAACUGGAGCUGACGGAGGUUUGCAAUGUUGCGAGGGAGGAAACCUUCACCUGUAGAUUUUUGACAGCAACCUGCGUCAAUUCACAUCACUUUUUUUGAGCAAAAGCUUUGCGCUUUGGAUUCUGCACAUCUGUAAAAUCGCUGGAAAUAACUUCAUAAUUGCGUUUUCUUUACGGGCGUCUGUCGCCCUGUGCUCCGGUUAAACGGGAUCCUGCAGGCUGUAUGGAGGGAUGUCGGCAUGGCUUGCACCAGGAGAACCAAAACUUUGGUGUCCACAUGCGUGAUCCUGAGCGGCAUGACCAACAUAGUGUGCCUGCUCUAUGUCGGAUGGGUUACUAACUACAUCGCAAACAUUUAUAUCAAAGUUCCCAUGCCUCUACCGGAGAGAAAGUUAGAAGGGGACAAAAGAGGAGACACAUUCCGGAUCAUGGAGAGGCUCGACCGGCUGGAGAACGUGGUCAACCAGCACAUACAAGAGACUCCAGGGAGGGGAGAGGACAGUCAGGGAGACUCAUCCUUCUCCGACUCAUCUCUGUUCGCUCACUGGGGUCAGGAGCUCAGUCCAGACAACCGGCGAGUGGCACUGAAGAUGUUCCAGUACUACGGAUACAACGGCUACCUCAGUGAUCGUCUCCCUCUGGACAGGCCGAUCCCAGACCUUAGGCCUGAUGGGUGCAGAAACAUCACCUAUCAUUUAAACCUCCCUCAAGUAAGCAUCGUGUUCAUUUUUGUGAAUGAAGCCUUGUCCGUCAUCCUGAGGUCCAUCAACUCGGCCAUCAGCAGAACACCCUCCCACCUUCUGAAAGAGAUAAUCCUGGUGGACGACAACAGCAAUAACAAUGAGCUUAAGGAGAAGCUGCAGGAUUUCGUGUCUGAGACUAACAGCAGAAGUCCAGGAUUUAUCAAGAUGGUGCGGCAUUCCAAGCAGGAGGGGCUUAUCCGGUCCAGAGUGAGCGGGUGGAGGGCUGCUACAGCCCCAGUCGUUGCCCUGUUUGAUGCCCACGUCGAAUUCAAUAUUGGCUGGGCUGAACCCAUUCUUCAGAGAAUUAAAGAAGAUAGAACCCGAAUAAUCUCCCCAUCCUUUGAUAACAUCAAGUACGACACGUUUGAGAUUGAGGAGUAUCCACUGUCCGCCCACGGCUUCGACUGGGAGCUGUGGUGUCGCUACCUCAACCCGCCCAAAACCUGGUGGCACAAGAGUAACAAGAGUGCACCAAUCCAGAGCCCUGCCCUGAUUGGCUGCUUCGUGGUGGACAGGCUGUACUUCGAGGAGAUUGGUCUGCUGGAUGAGGGGAUGGAGGUGUACGGCGGAGAAAAUGUAGAGCUGGGCAUUAGGGUGUGGCAGUGUGGCGGCAGUGUCGAGGUCCUGCCUUGUGCUCGUAUUGCCCACAUAGAGCGCGCUCACAAACCCUACACGGAGGACCUGACGACUCACGUGAGGAGAAACGCCCUCAGAGUGGCAGAAGUUUGGAUGGAUGAGUUUAAGAGCCACGUGUACAUGGCCUGGAAUAUUCCAAUGGAGGACUCUGGGAUUGAUAUCGGCGAUAUCAGCGAGAGGAAGGCUCUGAGGAAGAGGCUGCGGUGUAAAACUUUCCGAUGGUAUCUGGUCAACAUCUACCCUGAGAUGAGGAUGUACAGCGACACCAUCGCCUACGGAGUGCUGAAAAACUCUCUGAAGAUCGAGCUGUGUCUGGACCAGGGGCCUGACAACGACAAUGUGCCCAUCCUGUACCUCUGUCAUGGGAUGACACCUCAGAAUGUGUACUACACAAGUACUCAGCAGCUCCACAUUGGGCUCCUCAGUCCCACCGUCGACGACGACGACAACAAGUGCCUGGUGGAUGUGAACAGCAGACCGCGCCUCAUUGAGUGCAGCUAUGCUGCAGCCAAACGCAUGAAGCUCCACUGGCUCUUUUCUCAGGGAGGAUCCAUUCAGAACAGGAAAUCAAAGAGAUGCCUAGAGCUUGUGGCGAGCACUGACAAUGAGUUUGGCUACCAACUGGCUCUGCAGAAAUGCACUGGACAGAAAUGGUUCAUCACAAAUGUUCUGUUUAGCGGCUCUUUAUGAUCGACUGCUGAAAAGGACGCUGCAGUGAAAAGCACACAGGAAUGGAAAUAUGAGUGGGUACUUUUAUGUUCACGUGUAAGUGCAAGAUGUUGUUUUUUUAGCGUGUGAAAGGAUUUGAAGGAGGAGUCCACAGAAGAGUGGGCACAGUUUGACAUCAUUUGCGACUCCACAGUGUCCUCUGAUGAGCAGUCGACAUCACAUCGUAAAUGUUAAACAUUUUAUGUUGCCUACAGGAUCAGCCAUAGUUGGCCAAUAUUUUGCAGGUUUGACGUAUAAUAUAUUUAGUAUAUUUUGUGGUAAAUCUGGUACAGUCAGAUAUUGGUUGACUAAAAAGAAGUAUUGGGUCCAAUAUGUUUUCUACUGAUCAUUACUGCUACUGUGUAGCAAGCUUUCUCAAUCUGUUUCUGCUGUAAUUAUUUGAUUUUAAUGUCUCAGGUUUCUAGGUUUAUUAUGAUGUUCAGCUGUACAGAUGUGGGGCAAGGUGGGAUACAUCAGAAAAUGAUUAUUUUCUAAGUGUAAAUAUUUGAAAUAUUUGUAAUAAGUAACAGUAAAACCUGUUGUAACUACUGA